UAGCAUAAGACAGUAAAAAUAUACUUCAACUUCAAAGCACGUGAAGCAUCGUUUUUGAUUCAAAUUAGGUAAACAAAUUGGUGACGUCCUGAACGUAAGAAACCCCCGAAUACACGUGAGGUGCAAAAAAUCGUUUGUAGUUUUGAAUUUUUAAUUGAGAAUGCAAAUAAAGUGAAUGUGUAUCUCAAUUUUUUUCUGUGUUGAAUUUUUUUAAAUUAUUUGUUUUUUCUUGAUUGAUUAUAAUUACUGAUAAAAUGCACUAUAUUAUCGAAUAUGUCAAAUUUACUAUGUUAAUAAUAUAAUCGGGGUUCUAAAGAAACAAAAACUAUCAAGAUGCAACCAGAUAUUUGUGGCCAUUAUGCUCGCAAAUUGAGCGGCGAAGAAAUAGAACAGCUAUCUAAGGAUAAAGUUUUGUUAACUGAAUUCAAACGAAAUAAGUUAGAAGCUGAAGCGAAGAAAAACUGGGAUUUAUUUUAUAAGCGAAAUAAAACAAAUUUCUUUAAGGAUAGGCAUUGGACAAAACGUGAAUUCGAAGAACUCGCCAAUAUAUCCAAAGAUAAUAAACAGAAACCUGUUUUAUUAGAAGUUGGUUGUGGUGUUGGCAACUUUAUAUUUCCUUUGAUUUCUGAAGGAACGUCAUUCUUCAUCCAUGCUUUUGAUUUCUCACCUCAAGCUAUAGAUUUACUUAAGAAGAAUAGCUUAUAUGACCCAAUUACUUGUAAUGCAUUUGUCUGUGAUAUAACUCAAGAAAUAUUAAGUGAGAAAAUUGCUCCAGAAUCUGUUGAUGUGGCUACCAUGAUUUUUGUUUUAUCAGCAAUUCAUCCUGACAAGAUGCCUUUUGUUUUAAAAAAUAUUUUUGAGGUUCUACGACCAGGUGGUAUGCUGCUAAUAAGAGAUUAUGGCCUGUAUGAUCAAGCUAUGCUGCGAUUUGGCCCUGGUCAUAAGCUUGAUGAAAAUUUUUAUGUACGACAGGAUGGCACUAGAGCCUUUUAUUUUUCUGAGGAAUACCUUCAGAAGUUAACUACUGAUGCAGGAUUCAUAGUUGUAUUGAAUAAAUAUGUUUCAAGAGAAACUGUUAAUCGAAAAGAAAACAUCUGUGUACCCAGAGUUUAUAUUCAAGGAAAAUUUUAUAAACCUGAACUGAACAAUUUAAAUAGUAAACCAAAUGAGCUGUGAAAGAAUCUGAAAUAAAUAUUGUAUUUUAUUUUUA